ACAACAGAACAUGGCAGCGGCCGUCAGAUGAAUUUCUGUAGUCUAAUCCCUUGGUUUCUCUGUGUAAACUGGUGUUAUUAGAUCAACACAUGGAACACAUUAUUCAGCUUUUUUCAAAAUAGUGAGAAUUUAUUGACAUUAAAGCUUAGUACAAAAUGAACUUCUCCCAGUUUCCAGAUUACCCGGAUUCCUGUAAUAGUUUUUGCAGCAAGUGACGACCAAGAAAGACUUGUGUGUUCGCAUUCGGAUAAUAUACUGCGUGUGUCGUCGUAUAAUUUCAACAUACUUUGUGUGUCAAACACUGAGAAACACAAAACAAUUUCAUUUGAAUUGCAACAAAUCUGUCCCAAUAUUACUGUAACUUGUCAGCAUGGUAAAAGGUUCUCCUAGCAAGAAAUCUCAGAAUGGUGUGGUGAAUGGAAAACAUGCUCAGAAUGCUGAUUCAAAGUGGAAAGAUGAUUUCCACGAAUCAUUUGAAGAAACGCCACUGAUAGCAGCUAUGUACACAUACCUCAGCUAUAUCCUGUUGUUUAUUUUUGGGCACCUCCGAGACAUCUGUUACUAUUAUGGAAUUAAGAAAGAUGAAUCAGGCACAGAGUAUGGAUUACAGGGCUUUGUUCCUUUGUACUCUUCCUGGGGAAAUUUCUUUCUCCGGAACAUGUAUCGUUUGAUUCGAGAUGCAUGGGAUCGACCUAUUACAAGUGUUGCUGGGCCAGAAAUUGACAUUUUGGAGCGGGUCACACAUGAUCACUGGUGGCAUUUUGAAUUUUCUGGCAAACGUUUGCAUGCAUUGAACUUUGGUUCGUACAACUAUCUUGGUUUUGGAGAAAAUAAAGGACCCUGUAUUGACACAGUAGAAGAGAUAACCAAACAGUGUGGAGUGGGUGUUGGAGCAUCACGUCAGGAAUAUGGUUAUAUGGAAAUCCACAAAGAACUGGAUGAAUUAGUAGCAGACUUUCUGGGUCUGGAGGCAGCCAUCACGUUUCCCAUGGGUUUUGCUACAAACUCCAUGAACAUUCCAUGUUUGGUCAGAAAGGGUAGUCUUAUCCUGAGUGAUGCGAUGAAUCAUGCAUCCAUUGUCCUUGGUGCUAAGCUGUCAGGAGCAGUCAUCAAGACAUUCAAGCAUAAUGAUGCUAAAGACUUGGAAAAAAAGCUGAGAGAAAGCAUUAUCCAAGGGCAGCCCAAGUCAAAGAGACCAUGGAAGAAAAUACUGAUUGUUGUGGAAGGAAUUCACAGCAUGGAAGGUUCAAUAUUACCACUUCCGGAGAUUAUUAAACUGAAGAAAAAGUACAAAGCAUACAUUUACCUUGAUGAGGCACACAGCAUUGGUGCCUUGGGGCCCCACGGCAGAGGUGUGACCGAUUACUUUGGAAUCAAUCCUAAAGAAAUCGAUGUCAUGAUGGGAACAUUUACCAAGAGCUUUGCUUCAGCUGGAGGGUAUAUUGCAGGAACGAAGAAACUGAUAAACUACCUCCGAGUGUAUUCUCACAGCUCUAUGUAUUCCUGUGUGAUGUCACCUCCAGUAGCUUCACAGAUUAUCGCCUCUAUGAGAAUAAUAAUGGGGCUAGACGGUACCGAUGAAGGACAGCGCCGAAUUAAGCAACUUCUGAAUAAUGCAAGAUAUUUUAGAAGAGGACUUCAUAAGAUUGGGGUCAUUGUGUAUGGAAACAGAGACUCUCCCGUAGUGCCACUGCUUAUUUAUAGCCCUGGUAAAAUAAUAAAGUUCAGCCGUGAAAGCCUAAAGAGAGGGUUAGCAACCGUUGUCGUCGGUUUUCCGGCAACACCUUUGAUUGAAGGUCGAGCCAGAUUCUGUGUAUCUGCCGCCCACACAAAAGAAAUGAUGGAUGAGGCAUUGAGAAUGAUAGAUGAAGUAGCUGAUGUGGUCCGUAUACGAUACUCCAGGCUGCCCGUCUCACAUUUUUAUACACAUGACAUUCCUAUUUCGAUAUAGUCAUCAUGAACUCUAGAAAAAAACAACAACAACAACAACAACAAAAAAACAUUGUUCUGCUUGGCUGAAACCUAAAACCAUGAAUGAGGUCUUCCUGUGCAGACAAUAAGUUAUUUUCUGUGAUCAUCAAAGGCCCAUAAAUAUUCUGUGUUGCUUUGUACAUUUAUUUUGUUACAGAUUAGGUGUGUAAUUAUGAUUUUAUUUAUAUGCACUAGAGGAGUGUUUUGCAAUCACCUGCUGUUGGCAUGCUUACUUUUAGUGUUGUUAUUUGGAAUCAAAAUAUUCCCUUAUUAACAGUGGCAGAUCAAGGGGGAGUCCAAUGAUCCCCCUUCCCCCUUUUGAAUUGAUGACCAUAAUAUUAACAUAUUUGAUGUGUACAGUUUCAUUUAUUUUUUUAAUGUAAUUAAAGUAUCUGAUGUAAAAAAAACAAUACAAAUUUUUUUUUUUUUUUUUUGAGGAGAUGUGAUCUGAAAAUGUUGAAAGUUCAUUUGAGAAACACCCAAAAAUCAUUUAGGCCUGAUUUCUUAUCAGUGGUUCAAAUAUUAGAGGCUUAAACCUUGAACUGUGUUUAGAUAAACCUGGUUCACAAUGAAUUGUUGAUCACAUCAGAACGGGUUUUAAGAGUAGAACCAUUCAGUUGAACUGCUUUUUGUUUGUUUGUGGAGACCAACACUGAAUCAGUAACAUGACCAAAAUGUGAACCAUGAAUCAUGGUUAAGUCAUCAAUGAGGAAUCAGUCCGUACUGUAGGAAACAGACCUUACUAGGAAUCCGACCAUAUUGUAGGAAUCGGUCCAUACUAUAGGAAUCGGUCUUCACUAUAGGAAUCGGAUCUUACUGUAGGAAUUGGUCCUUACUGUAGGAAUCAGUCCUUACUGUAGGAAUCAGACCUUAGUAUAGGAAUCGUACCUUAUUAUAUGAAUCGGAUCUUACUAUAGUAAUUGGACCUUACUAUAGGAAUUGGACGUAAUUACUAUAGGAAUCGGACCUUACUGUAGGAAUCCGUCCUUACUGUAGGAAUCAGACCGUAGUAUAGGAAUUGUAUCUUACUAUAGGAAUCGGAUCUUACUAUAGUAAUUGGACCUUACUAUAGGAAUUGGACGUAAUUACUAUAGGAAUUGGACCAUACUAUAGCAAUUGGACCAUACUGUAGGAAUCGGUCUUCACUAUAGAAAUCUGAUCUUACUGUAGGAAUCUGACUUUAUUGUAGGAAUCAGUCCUUAUUAUAGAAAUCACACCUUACUAUGGAAAUUGAUCCUUUCUAUAGGAAUAAAACCUUACUAAGGAAUUGGACAUUUCUAUAGGAAUCGGUCCUUACUAUAGGAAUUAGUACUUACAAUAGGAAUUGGACAAAAUUACUAUAGGAAUCAGACUGGUAUAGGAAUCAGGCCUUACUGUAAGAAUCAGACAUAAUUACCAGAGGAAUCGGACGUUACUAUAGAAAUCUGUCCUCACUAUAGGAAUUGGACUUUACUAAAGGAAUCCGACAUUACUAGAGGAAUCCGACAUUACUAUAGAUAUUGGACCAUGUCAAAAAAUCAGGCCUUACUGUAGAUUUCUUCUCAACUUGAUUUGAGACACUGACAGUGUGCUUUGAAAUAGUCUUGGAUGUGCUACUGAAGACCUAACUAGAUCAGUGUAAAGAUUGGCUGUGUGGUUAGGUCGGUUAGAUCCCUUUCUACGUGGUCGUUCUUGAUUGGCCGUGUGGUUAGAUCAGUUAGAUCCCUUUCUACAGGGUAGUUCUGGAUUGGCUGUGUGGUUAGGUCAGUUAGAUCCCUUUCUACAGGGUCGUUCUUGAUUGACCGUGUGAUUAGAUCGGUUAGAUCCCUUUCUACAGGGUCGUUCUUGAUUGGCCAUGUGGUUAGAUCGGUUAGAUCCCUUUCUACAGGGUCGUUCUUGAUUGGCCGUGUGGUUAGAUCAGUUGGAUCCCUUUCUACAGGGUCCUUGAUUGGCCGUGUGGUUAGAUCAGUUGGAUCCCUUUCUACAGGGUCGUUCUUGAUUGGCCGUGUGGUUAGGUCGGUUAGAUCCCUUUCUACAGGGUCGUUCUGGAUUGGCUGUGUGGUUAGGUUGGUUAGAUCCCUUUCUACAGGGUCGUUCUUGGUGUCCGUCCAUCGAGUGUGCUUUUGUAUCACUGUUUGUGACCACAUGUAUAGUUGCCAUGAAACAGACCACGUGUCUAGUUGCCAUGAAACAAACAACUCCUACUGUAGCUGUUAGAAAUAAAUAGUAUAUGGGCAUUGGCAGAUCUUUCUUACAUUCUUCACAGUCACUUUCUCCUUUAUUUUCAAAACUCUUUAGAAAUACGUACACAGUUGAGCUAUUUACUAACAAAUGUGCACAGUUAAGCUAUUUACAAACAGUUAAGCUAUUUACUAACCUUUCCUUUCCUCCAACCGAUUGAUAAAUUUUUGUUUUCUAUGCAACUACUGUAGAAUGUAUUCUGAGUUUAAAACUUGACUCCUCUAAUGAUGCAGAGUACUGAUAUUUUUUUUCUGAGCAGUUUGUUGAUUACCAAGUUUUCCGGUUCUGAGUUAGUGAUUUUGUUUUUUUCUAGAUUGUUUGGUAUAUCGUAGUACAUGUAAUGAAAUAUAUUCAGAUAAUGAAGAGAAAAAAUAUUGGACUGAUUUGUUGUGGAAAUGGCAAAUAACUGAGUAAUAUGUGAUAUGCGAGCAGAUAAAAAAAAAAAAAACUAUAGUUACACUUGUGCCUUUUUUUAGAUGAAGAUUUGUUGAAUCACAGAAAACAAAAAUAUAUUGGUGUGUACAUUAGUGUUGAUAAUAACACUGUAAUGACUGUACAAAUUUUAAGUGUUACUAAUUGUUUUUAUUUGAAAUUUGUUUUCUUAUUUUGAACAGAAAACAAAUAUAUUGUUUUCUUUUCUUCUUUUUUUUUGAUCAGGUGUGUGUAUGUGCGAAUGUGUAUGUGUUAUGAUGUGUUAUAAAAAUGUAUGUUACUUAUUUGUUUAAUUUGUAUAUGUAUUUUUGCUAGUGCUAGGCUUUUAGAUUUGCACGAAGCUAGGAAGGCUUUUAGUUGAUGCAUGAAGUUAUUCGACUUGAGCUUUAAAUCCCGUGGAACACUUAGCAUAGGUGAUUUCAUUUCCCUACAUGUGACAGGAUUGGUCAUGGGCAUUCAGUCAGCAACACCUACAGUUCAGCAGUAAUCACUUCAGUGUUAAAAAUACAUUAUAAAAAUGAAUACUUGAAUAUGCAUUUUGUUUUUAAACAAUUACUUUGCAGUUUAUGUGUAUUAACAGGGGUUUUUUUUGGUGGGGGGAAGGAGUUCAGUGAUUUAAAAAAAGAAAAGAAAAAAAGGCAUUUUUGUUGUCACAAUUUUACGAUUUUCAGUGUUUGUCAUUUAUUAAUAUGACGCUUAGCAUGACUGCACAAAUAUCAGGGUUUUGCAUCAAAUAUGUGAUACAUGUACAAGUCCAAUUUCAUUAUAUCCAGCUUCUUAUCUGGAAUAACCCAUAUCUCAGUGCGUUCUUCUUAUUCUCACUCAGUAUUGAGAUAGGUGUGUGUGGGGUGGGGUUUUUUUUUCUCCAUUUUCUUUUUUUUCCCCCAAGUACAAGUUAAAUAAAGUUUGAGAUAAUUUUUCCUAAUCAUGAUUUAAGCACUGAAUGAAGACACUGGGAUGAAGUUACAAAGCCUGUUUUUCAUAAAUGCAUGUGUGUAAGCAUUGUACUUGUAUGUAGUGAAAUGCGUAUAAGGCAUAAACAGGCUUUGUAAAUUUGUCCCACCAUUUGUAUAUCUGUUUCUGGUAAUUGUUCCAUAUCUGACAAAGGCACUUAAAUAUUGUUUGUAAUAAAGUAACUUAGACUACAUGUGUUUGUUUAGGGCAGUAUAUAUUCUGCUGACUAAUCUACUUUGUGUUCGACUGAAUACAGGUUUAAGACCUUUGUCAACACAAUUUAACUUCGGUUAAUGUAAAAAGCAUUUUUAAGGUUGUACAUACUUUUGUUUUGCUUUGUGUCAUUCAUAUCAUUAGUCAUAUACCAAAUAUGAAAAUUAUAAGUCCCAGAAAAUCAUAACAAGAUAUAUUUUUGUGUUUUUUUGUUAGUUGAUAUUUCAGUCAGUUAUCCUAAAAUGGACAUUAAAACUGCAGUUUUAGCUGAAAAGUAAACUUUGAAAUAUGAACUAAAAGCCGCUCUCUCUUUAAUACAACAAAACUAGUAUUUCAGGAUCAAAACAGCAAAUAUUGCUGUAGUAUUUGUAUCCUAUAGUUACCCUUUGUAUUGGCAGAAUAUAAUAAACUCAGUAAAGUAAAUUAAUAUCCUGUCUGUAUUCUAAACCUGGUUAAACUUAUUUAUCUUUGUCUAAAGUAAAUUAAUAUCCUGUGUAUUCUAAACCUGGUUAAACUCAUUUAUCUUUGUCUAAAGUAAAUUAAUAUCCUGUGUAUUCUAAACCUGGUAAAACUCAUUUAUCUUUGUCUAAAGUAAAUUAAUAUCCUGUCUGUAUUUUAAACCUGGUAAAACUCAUUUAUCUUUGUCUAAAGUAAAUUAAUAUCCUGUCUGUAGUCUAAACCUGGUAAAACUCAUUUAUCUUUGUCUAAAGUAAAUUAAUAUCCUGUCUGUAAUCUAAACCUGGUUAAAAUCAUUUAUCUUUGUCUAAAGUAAAUUAAUAUCCUGUGUAAUCUAAACCUGGUUAAAAUCAUUUAUCUUUGUCUAAAGUAAAUUAAUAUCCUGUCUGUAUUCUAAACCUGGUAAAAAUCAUUUAUUUUUGUCUCGACUUUAAAUUGUUAGUUUUAUCACACUAUACAACUUUGUGACUUACAAAUAUACAACAACAUGUUUGUCAUGAUUUCUUAAAGUUACAGAUCCUACAACAUAUUUUUCACUGUUAGGGUCAUUUUGAUAAUUAAAAUUGGACAUUGCUUAGAUUUUAUUGUUUAGAGUAACCACAGUUGUACAUUCGAAGUGUUUCGGGUAAUUCUGGCGUUUCAUAUUUUACAAAAUGCAUGUACAGUUAUGGAGAUGGGCUGUGCUACAGAUUUGUAGAUUAUCCAAACUUUGGGUCCAAUAUGUAUGGGUUGAAACUAGGGUCUGCAGCUUUAAAUACAGUCUAAAAGAAAUUAAACAAGAAUCUCAAGGUCAUAGAUCUUUGACACAUUAACAAUAAAAUCACCCUGAAAGAAAAGAGAAAAAAAGAAGACUUGGUGCAUUAUACAUGCUGAUGUUCGGGUGUCCUGUCUUAAGAAACAAAUGACCUAGAAACUAAAUGGCUUAUUUUAAUAGCAUACUUCUCUGAGUUACUUAAAUUGAUAAAGUGAAAUACUCUAAUCAGAAAAAUAUGCUAAGAAAAAUUAAGUACCUGCCUGUGAAUAGCAGAUAAACCCCCUCCCCAAAAGUAUUCAGUUGCAGAACCUAAACAAACAAAAAAAAGCUUUCCUUUCUGAGACUGUCUUGAAAUUCUUGACCUAGUUAUGUUAGAGGUUGAUAUUUAAAAGAAUAAAAAAUGUGAUGAUUAAAAUAAAAUUAUCCAAUUUUGUCUAAUCUUCAACUGUAAUAGUGGAACAUGAAUUAGAGGUCUUACUUUUUCAAUGGUGUCAACGUUUUGCAUUUAGCUAAAGUGCUAGGCCAACCAAACUUAAUACAUGCCGUGGAAAAUAGAACACCACUAGUCAUUUGUGCAUAUAUGUCAAGGUUGUGUGACAAAUAUGUCACAGGUGAGACUCAUUGCACCACAGUACACUUGUUUAUUAUUAUCAAUGUGUAUGCGUAUUGCUAUGAUGAUGUUACGUAACUAUGUGACUGUGUAAAUAUUGUAUGUAUUUCUUCAUAGUUCAUGUUUGUAGAAAAAGAUGAGUGAAUAUUUAAUUUUUAUUCAGUCGUCAAUAGUUACUAAGGCUCAAAUCCCACAUGGCCAUGGAGUCUUUUCUUCUUUUUUAAGCAAUUAAUCUUCGUAUCUGCUAGGUUUUUUUUCCUCCCUCUUUGUUUUUCUUUAUUAUUCCUUUGUAACUGUAUGUUCGACAUAGCUCAUGUAUUGCAUACUGAUAGGGGCCCUGGUGAACUAUUAUACAAAGUUUAUUGUACAUAAAUGAUGCUUUACCUUUGGAGUGAACGGUCAGUCUAGUUUAAACUUCAAUGAUGUGAUCUCAGGUAUGGGCCAUACAAUUACAUGUACAUGUAUGUUUAAACAAUAUUGGUUAUAUCAUUGAUUAAUCAAAAUGAACAUUGAAGAUUGUGGUGGAUUAUUUAAACAUUACACUAAAUUUUCAUGUGCUGCAUACUUUAAUUUAAAUGUGUGCUAUCCUCACACCAUAAUAGUGAAUAUGCAAAUCAUUACCCAGACACGAGAACUGUACAACAUACCGUAUAUGAAAUGGGUUACAAAGUCAAAUUUUGUACAGAACACAGAUAAGUGAUAACAACAUUUAUUCUGCUUUUUAAAAAGGUUUAUUAAUUAUUUUUUUUAUAAUAAUGGUGUCUUAAUAAAAAUGCAGUAACCUUUCAGAGUGUGGUAUACAAAUGUCAUAAUUUUCCAUACAUUUGUUUGUGUCAGAAUGACACAGCUACAUUAAUUUUAGCUGACAUGGAUGAAAACCAAUUGUAAAUACAAUGUUAAUGACUUAAAACGUUAAACAAUAUAGCCGAAUGAGCCUCAAGUACACCACGGUUUAAGCAUAGCAGAGUGCACUGCUGCAGCUAGAAAUAUCAGUAUUGUCUCACAUAACAAAAUUGAAAAUGGUAGAUUUAUUUUCACAUCUAAGAGCCAUAAACCAAUGGCUUUUGUAUAGUUGUCUCCCAUUUUCUACUAUUAUUAUUACUUUUUUAAAUUUGUUUUGAUGUUAUAUCUUAAGUACUUUUUAUUUGGCAGAUGGGCCAGUUAUACAUAUAUAUGGAACUUGAGAAUAUGGUAAAAGGGAACCAAAAGUAGACCAUUGACCUACUUUGCACAGACUGCAAAAUUUGUAUCUAGGCUAAUUUUCACCACUACAGGUUGAAAAAUUCAGGUGGUUUUUUGGUGUGUUUUUUUUUGGGGGGGGGGGGGGGGUAGUACAGACCCGUAUAGGUGGGGGUUUUUUUUAUCAUGUGUUAAUAUAAAUUGGUGAGUUACUGCAGAAUGGUAGGUAGGCAAAAAUAUUUUGCAUAACUUCUUUUACUGGGAGAUUUUGUUGAUUCCCCGAUGUUUAUAAAUAAAUAAAUAACAUAAAAAAAAGAGUUACAUGUGUGAUUUCUUUUUUUCCAUGUUUAUCUUUGAAUUCUAUUACAGUGUUUCUUCUCUGGACAAGGGUCAUCCAUAAAAUAAAUACAGAAGAAAAAAAAUAUAUGACCACAACCAACCAAUCAAAAUUAAUCUUUUGUACAUUUCUAUUGUUUCUCCCAGCACUAUGCAUGAUUGUGCAUUGUCAAUAUGUGUGGUUUGUUAUGACCUUUAAAUUUCUGCCUUUUUAGACUUUUCACCUUUGACGCACAUGUACAUGUUGUAAGAUUCUUUUGUCUUAUGUACGUGCACUGUGUGAUUUUUGUGGUCUCGUCCUUUGGGAAGUGUUAAAGUUGACAAGUCUGCCUAUUAAUGUCAGUAACGAUUGCUUGUUUUGUUUGUGUCAACCAGCUGUGUUGUUUAUCACCUAGGCUUGUUUUUAGGUUAGUUUGGUUUUUGAUUGAAGGGGAAUCACUGUGACCAACUUGUGGUGAGUUAAUAUUUUCUACCUACUAAUUAAUCUCAAUUUUUGUCCAUUAUGGCUUGUGCGUUUUUUAAUUGUUAUUGUUUUAGAUGCUUUUUUUUAAUAUAUAUAAAUAAAUGCAGUUAUAUAUUUUAAUAAUCAUACUGUUAAUAAGUUGAUAUAGUAGAUAUUCUUUAAAAAAGCUUUUGUGAGAAUUUAGUUUGUCUCAUUGCCAUGAUUGUUUGUGAAGACUUAAGCUUCUAGUUUAAUGGAUGGCCAAUGUAUCUAAUCCCAUUUUUUAUUAAAUUAAAUAAUUAAAUUUCUGUUACAUUCAUUACAAUAUAAUGUCAUCUCAAUGGUCCAGAUGUAGCAACGGGAGUUUGUUCAUUUCUCGAUGAACGCAAAAGUUAUGUUGUCAGGGAACAUCGUAUCUGAAGACAUCAUUUUAUAUGGGCAAGUUGUCUUAUUGAGAGUUAUUGUUUAUGGACCAAAAAUAAUUCAAAAUAAAGUGUGAGCUUUAGUGUUGUUAUUAACUGAUGUGAGAACGGCCUUCGCCCAUUCAGUUUGCGGAUGGUAUUUUUGUUCAUGCCCUGAUGAACGUAAAAGAAAUAACAGACAAUCCUUAAUUGGUUACUGAAGAAUAUGUCUAUGAAACAUGUAGAAUUUAAGGUGAUUAUAAAAUCACUACCUGAUGUAUUUUGCAGAUAUAUGGAUAGUUUUUAAAUUGAUAUGUUGCAUCUUUUAGGAUGGCAUAUCCUAUUCAGUCACAUUCAAUUUAACGUGAGGCACAAAGACAAUCUUGUGUUUGACCUCAUUAUGACAGGUGUAGAUUAUGUCAUUGGUCUACUUUGUAUACAUUUAAACAAAAUUGGUAACUCACCCAGACAAGUCAGUGAUAACUAUGCAUGUAGUUUUGGUGGUGACCUAUUUUCCUAGUAAGGUUUGACAGUUGGUAUUACAUGAUCCUGAAUUCAUACAUGAGAUUAGCACGAUUACUUUGUACAGGCAGCUUGGUGCCCAUCACUUAUUAUUUAUUAAUAUGAUUAUAAUCAGUGUUUUUUGUACAUUUGAAACAUGCAGACAAUUAAUUUUGUUUUCAUUUGUUUUAUACUUGAUUUAUACAUCUUUGCCAAUAGUACACAUCUGUUUAUUUACAAUAUUUGACAGGUUUUUUUUUUUUUUUGGUUUUUUCUUUUUUUUUCUUUUUUUUUAAAUUCAGUUGUGAUAAUGGCAUAAUUUGAAUGUUGAUUUAUUGAAAUGUUUUGCAGAAAAAUGUUAUAUCAUUAACUUUAGUUUGUCCCUACAUCUACUGCACUUACAAAAUAAAAUAAACUCUUAUUGACACUUACUUGAUUGCUUUUUUAAAAUGUGUUCAUUGACCAUCCAAAAUGAAAUUAAUAACUUGUCACUUUCAUAUUUGCACAAAUAGAGAUUUUGGCAUGGAUUUUAAAAGUACCAGUGUAUUAUAAGAAUAAAUUGAGAAAUAAAUGAUGUUUGCUAAA